CGUCCGCCGUCGUACCUUUUUGUAUAUCUGUAAUCAACAAUUACAAAUGGCUGAAUAAAAGUUGCGUUAUUGAAUUUUUAAGAGUUUAAUUUCAAUAUAAAAUUAAAGUGUUAUGUAUUUAACCCUUCUUGUAAUUAAUGGAAUGAAAACAGAAGACCAAAUGUCCAUUUUAUUAUCAUAAAACAUUUAAUGCUAACCUCAAAAUUCAAACAAAAUGGAGCUUCCGCAACCACCGCAGGAUCAAGAUCUGCGCAAUAUAAUAGACAAACUUGCGCAGUUUGUCGCAAGAAAUGGCCCGGAAUUCGAGAAGAUGACCAAGACAAAGCAAAAAAACAACCCCAAGUUCAGUUUUCUCUACGGCGGGGAAUACUUCAACUAUUACCAGUAUAAAGUGACGACAGAGCAAGCAAUUCUAAAGCAAUCGGCCGGUGGCCAGGCGGCACCCGCUCCCGCCGGGGCUUAUAUGGCACAGAACAGGCAAUAUGUAAUGCCCCAACAGGCCAGCGCGACGCCAGCGCAGUUGGGGCUGGUGGCGUCGAUGGCAGCGGCUCCUGCGCUGCAGCAGUGGCUGGCAGCAAACUCCGCACCACCCACUACGCAGCACUCUGUCGACAUCGACAACAUCGUUGCUCAGAUCAACAUGCUUAAGGAACAAAUAACUCAGUCUGAAAACAAUCUCAAUGCCCAGCAUACGGUGUUGAUACAACAACAGCAAGCUAAAAUCAAUGAGCUGGUGAGCAAGGCUCAAGUGGAGACCAUACAAAUAAUGGCAGAAGAAAAUAACAUUAGUCUCUCGGAGCUCGACAACAUCUUGCAACCAAUCAUCGAUACUUGUACUAAAGAUAGUAUUUCUACAGGAAAAGGCUGGAUUUUGCAACAUGCUACAACACAUGAUGCGGGCAAGGUGAUAUCGCAGCAUCUUCUUAGAAAAGUCACCCAACCUGGAGCAGCAUUCACUCAAAAGCUGCACAUCAUUUAUCUCGUCAACGAUGUUCUCCACCACUGUGCACGCAAAAACGCAGAAGAUCUCAAGAAAAAUUUGGAAAGUGUGGUGGUUCCAAUGUUUUGCAAUGCCAGUAUAGCUGUCACAGAAGAGCAGGAGGGCAAGUUGAACAAGCUGCUGCGUCUCUGGGAAUCUAAGUCAAAUUAUUUCGACUCUACUGUUAUAGAGAAAAUGAAGAGUCCUACAAGCUCAUACCAGGAAUAUCAAAACAAUUUGAUCGCCCAACACUCGAAUGCCAUUGCACACUUAACACAACAAACAAAAGCUACAUGCGAAAACUAUCAAACACAGCAUCAAGCAUUUGUGGCUCACACAAUGCAACAAAUACAACAAAUGGAAAUGCAGAAACAUGCAAUUGAAUUACAAAACAGUCAUGAUCAUAACAAAGAAACCCAACAACAGAAUAAUAUUCAAAAUCCUUUCCAAACUAAUAAUUUCGGUGAUCAAGGAUAUCAACAAAUGGGAAGCUAUGAUCAGAACUUUAACUCAGGUCAUCAACAAUAUGGCAGUGAAAGUGGUGACAAUUAUGCCUCAAACAAUAGUAUAAGUGGUAAUGAAAAUAGUUAUGACAGUCAGACAUUUGAGCAAAUAACAAGUCAAAAGAAACAAGACAUUAUAGAGGAGCCAGAUUUAUCAAAUCUACCCAAUGUGAAUUUUUCUCAACCACCGCCAGGCUUUAAACCAGUAGAAAGUUCACCAAUAUUAGCAUUCCAGAAUGGUCUUCCGGAUCUCAGCAAGCCUCCUCCUGGAUUUCCACCAUUCCCUGAAAUUAACAAUGAGGAACUAAUGCCUUCAGUUCCUUAUUUUGAGUUACCAGCUGGUUUAAUGGUACCUCUAAUUAUGUUGGAGGACGACAAGUACAAACCAUUAGAUCCCGCAAAAAUUCGCCUUCCGCCCCCAGCGCCUCCUAAUGAAAGAUUACUAGCUGCUGUAGACGCUUUUUAUGCUUCACCAAAUCAUGAGAGGCCUAGAGACAAUGAAGGGUGGGAGAAAUUAGGACUUUAUGAAUAUUACAAAGCGAAAAAUUCAGCUCGAAAAAAUAAAGAGGAUGCAAUCGCUCAAGGCUUAAGGCAAAAGUCGAAGUCUCCCAGCCCCGUCCCCAAAGACUUACAAAAACAACCAACUCCACCAGGAAGGAGAUACAGGUCAUUAAGUAGGACACCAGAGAGAUCAUCGCCAAAAAAGUCUCGAUCGCGUUCGCCUUCACCGCGCCGAAAAACUUCAUGGAGGCGAGAUAGAGACAGGGAGAGUCGUCGAAGGUCACGUUCUCGGUCUCGCUCGCGGUCCCGCAGUCGCUCUCGGGAACGCGAACGUCAUCGGGAAUCGCCGCGCGCGCGACGUGUCGAGCGCUCCCGGUCACCCACUCCGCCUAGCUUCCUAGGAGCGGCAUUUCCCAGCACGUCAAGCGGGUUGGACUCGAGCAACAAAGGGCACCAGCUGCUGCAGAAAAUGGGCUGGAGCCAAGGCGGACUGGGCGCAGCCGGACAAGGCAUCGCGGAGCCCAUCAGUGGCGGUGCUGUGCGGGAUAGACAGGACCAAUACAAAGGUGUUGGCGUUAAUUUAAAUGACCCUUAUGAAAACUUCAGAAAGAACAAAGGUGCAGCAUUUAUUACAAGAAUGAAAGAGAGAGCGUUAGAGCGUUCAUCGUGAUCGCCAUGAAUGUCACUUAGAUGUAAAUGUGUAUAAUUGCGAUUGUGUGGAUGAGAUUGAUUUAUUUUAUCUAAAUCAUCUUAAAUAAAGUUAUAUGAAUUUAA